UUCUGGUUAUUCCUGACGACGUGUGAAAUUUCAAGACGAUCGAGAAUGAAGUCUCUAUUGGUGAUCUGCACUGUCUUCCUUUUCGCGGCAGUGGUGCGAAGUGACACGGAGGAGGAAAAGAAGAUAGCGGAACUUAUAAACGAACACGUAGGAUCGUGCACUGAGGAAUUACAGUUACCACCCGAGUGGUCGACGUGGGAUGACACCAAAUUGAGCGGCGAGAACAAAGAUAAAGCUGCUUGCUUGCUGGCCUGCAUAAUGAAACGAAUGGGGGUUAUGGACGGUACUCAGGUGGUGAUGGAAAAGUUGCAAGAAACGUUGAAAAUCGUGUACACAGAUGACGAUAAAUUGGCCGAAAAAACAAAGGUGAUGGCGUCCUGCGUCGAGGAAGUGAAAGACAUAACCAACGAAUGCGAAGUCGCGUCGGCUUUCAUGGCUUGCACUCACAAGGAGUAAGAAGAUACAACGUGUCCUUUUGGAACAUCGAGUUUUACAAAAUCGAGGGUGUAUGGGAGAAAUCCUUAUAUAAUUGUAUAAAUUUAACUGUGCUUUAAAGCAAAUAAUAACUAGAUGAAAAUACAA